UCAGGAAGUGACUCGUUCUAAACUAACCUCAAUCAUACCUAUAAAUGGGGGGAUGGGGUGAGCCCCAACUGCCAAAGGCGGUAAAAUAACUGCUGCCUGACACGUCCCGACAUCACCUUCACCUCCUCUCUUAUAAUUACAGAAAAGAGUCUAGAGUUAAAAGUCAAUCAGGCAAAGUGUCUCCUCUUUUGAAAGAAGGUUGUGCUCUGUCCGGGAUGAAAAGAAGAGUUGAGGACUGGGGGACUGGGGCCACUGUGAGGCAGACGAAAGCUCCUUUAAGGAAGGAAGCGUCCCGGGGGCAGAGGGACUAUGCCAGCACCGGGAAACAACCUUCUUCUUCCUGGGGACACCGCCAAGUUUCCCACUGCUGCCGGCUCGGACCCCUGGGCCCCGUCGAGGAAGGAAGUAAAAGAGAGAGGCGGACCCCUUACCUUCUCUUCAUCCGACACCCGAUCCUCAAAGUCGGCCAUCUUGGCUGCUCUGGCCCAGCCCGGCGGGCCGGCGCGAGGCAGGCCGGGAAGGAAGCUGAGUGGCGGAAUCACCGAGGGGCCGUCGGAAGGAGCCGCCCGGAAGCUCAGGCCAAGAGGGCGCCAUGUCAGUUCCGCGCGGGCGUGACAGCCUGGAGUCGGCGCUCUAGGAAGUCGGCUUGCCCCUCGGGGCUUUGCAGCCUUAACAUCUUUCUCCCUGAGUUCCAGUCACUUUCCCAUUCGCCCUGGAGUGCUUGGUGGCGGGCCUCGACUCUUGCGUGGCGUCUGGGCUCCCUCUGGUCAUGGAGCAGUUGUUACACCUCUAAGUUUUUCUGAUCCCGUUGGUCUCCUGGGCCGCCGAGUCCAGGGCACUAAGAGCUGCUCCGCUCUAGGAGACAUCAGUACUUUUCCGACUCCGGCACAGGGCGACAGGUGACUCUCAACCACGUAUGGAAGAAAAACCACUUCCCUCCAGCGCCACACUGAGUCCGUUUCCAGAAGAAUAAGCGCCACCAUCAGAUGCUUCCCCGCCCUCCUAGAGGACUAGGUAGCCCCUCAGUCAGCCACCGCGCUCGGCCACCUUCCAGAUCUCCGGCCAGUUCCCCAGGACUCAGCCUAGACAGAGGCCAGCUUCAAGUCCGCCACUAUCCCAGGAUUCCCGACUCCGGGUUUCCGGCCCUUCUCCCCUCCCAGGUCCCGGCGCCUGCUGGAGCCGCAAGAUGGCGGACGGAGACUACUUCGCGGAAGCCGCGCGGGCCGUGGGGUGUCCCCAUGCACCUGUUUCUGGCUUGGGCCUCGGCCCGCCGCUGGGCUGGAAAGAGCGGCUGAAGGCCGGGUUGGCGAACUCUGGGUCCACGCUGUGGUUCCUGGCGGGGCUAGGGCUGCUUUACGCUCUGAGGGUCCCGCUGAGGCUGUGUGACAACGUGA